AGCCCCCCGCCGCCAUCUCGGGAGCCGCGGCCGGGCCCCGCGCUGCUGCUGCUGCUGCUGCUGCCAUGGCGGCGGCGGCCGCGCUGUGCGGCGGGCUGCUCGACUACAAGACGGAGAAGUUCGCCCUGACGCGGAACCGGCGGGUGGGGCUGCUGCACCGCCUGCUGCAGCUCGCCGUGUUGGGCUACCUGCUCGGGUGGGUGCUGGUGGUGCGGAGGGGCUACCAGGACACGGACGCGGCCCCCCACGUCUCGGUCAUCACCAAGCUGAAGGGGGUUUCGGUCACCCGGGCGAAGGACGCCCGCAGCCGGCUCUGGGACGCGGCCGAUUACGCGAGUCCUCCUCAGGGAGAAAACGUGCUUUUUCUGGUGACCAACUUCAUUGCCACUGCCAAGCAAGCCCAAGGCACCUGUCCCGAGAGCCCCUCUGUGCUAGAUGGGAUGUGCACAGAAGAUGUGGACUGUCCUGUGGGAAACCCAGUGGUUCAUGGCAAUGGGAUAAAAACUGGAAAAUGUGUGAUGUUCAACACUACCCAUUCCACCUGUGAGAUCUAUGGCUGGUGCCCCGUGGAGAACAACACCCUGCCCAGGAAACCUCUUCUGGCUGAGGCUGAGAAUUUUACUCUUUUUAUAAAAAAUACUGUCAACUUCACCAAAUUUAACUUCUCCAAGGGCAAUACUUUGCAAACCAACGACCCCACCUAUUUCAAGAGCUGCACGUAUGAUCCAUUUUUCAACCCUUCCUGCCCCGUGUUCCGUAUUGGCGACGUGGUAGAGGCAGCUGGGGAGACCUUUGGGGAUCUCGCACUGCUGGGAGGAAGCAUCAGCAUUCGCAUUGAGUGGGACUGUGACCUGGAUCAGCCCACUGCCCAGUGCCAGCCACGGUACUCCUUCAUCCUUGUGGACAGGAGGUACAAUUUCAGAACAGCCUCUUACUACUGGGACUCCCAGCGGCGGCCCUACCGGAGCCUGAUGAAACUCUACGGCAUCCGCUUUGACAUCUCCGUGCAUGGCCAGGUACCAUAUUGUUGGAAGACCCUGCACGCACAGAGCUGUCUUGCUUCUCAUCAGCGGCGACUGCUUGCUCUGCUCACUGCUGCUCCCUCUGCCACUAAGCCCCAUCUUUUGGUGUUGUUUCUCCUCACCCUGGCUGGGAAGUUCAGCAUAAUUCCUGCUGCCGUGAGUUUUGGUACUGGCAUUGCGUUCUUCGGAGCUGCCACAGUGGUCUGCGACCUGGUUCUGCUCUAUCUGGAUACAAAGGCUGACUUCUAUUGGAAGGAGAAGUUUGAGGAGGCAAAACCCCCCAAAGGUAAGACAGAGGCAGCAGCUGAACCACAGUGGGCUGACCAAGACAUCAGGAAUGCUCAGUGACGAUCACUGUUCAGUCUGGAGUGACCUCCAGACAGAUGUGAUGAGGGCACAGCUGCAAGCCCAGUGGAUGUGGCCUACUGCUGGCCUGAAUGCACAUGGCUGGGGCUGUGGUCUGCCCUUCCUGGAGACUUGCUUGUAUCAGCAGGAGCCCUUGGCACACAUAACGUGUGUGGAGAGCCCUCUGUUCGGUGUCUCCUUGGCACAAUGCACAGCCAUGCAACUCCCAGGGCCGACUGGCCAUCAGCCAAGUGCAGCCAUGCCAUUGAGCUGCUGUGGGAGCUGGAGCUUGCUGGGCAGUGGCUGGUCCAUGCUCAAUACAAGAGGCUUAAAGUACUUUGCGCUUCUUCCUGGGUGGCCCUUGGGGUUGAUUUCCCAAGGAAAAACAGGGAUGCAAUGAAAUAAAGCUGUUCAGAAAGUGA